ACGAACAUCGGCUCAUAUUCAACAUGGCGGCCCGCAGAACGUGUUUUGGAUCUCUUAGUUGUUUUCGUCUUUUGCGUCCUCUUAAUGGAUCAAUACACCAAAGAAUGGUAUUUGAAAAGCUAGAAUUGGCUAGAUUAUUGGUCAGACCUCAAUAUGUAAGACAUUUGUGGAAUACUAGUGUCGUCAACAAGGUAGACAUAUUAACUCAGCCUCAAUUGCCUAAAGAAUCKAAGUCAAAACGUUCAGAAUUCAAGGUUAAAAGCUACCAAAUACGAAAGCUUUGCGAAGAUGGUAAAUUUACUGAAGCUAUGGCUUUGCUAGAGAGUUUAUUAGAAAAAUAUGCGAGCACUACAACUGUCUUAACUACUGUAUUUAAUUGUAUUCUUCAUUAUACUAUCAAGAACAACCACAGCGCACUUGYUGAACUUCAGCUCUCGAAAAUGACACAAUAUAACAUUAAUCGAAACGCAUCUACGUACUACAACAUUGUGCUUUACUACUCACAACUAGGAAUGCUGGAUAAAGGCAUCGAAAUCUUGAAAGGGAUGAAAKCAGAAGGGUUAAAAACGACACCUAGAAAUUAUUAUCCAUUGAUUAGGUUAGCUGCAAGUACAGGGAGACUCGAAACUCUGUUUAAAUUAUACGAUGAMUUGAAGGAAGAACACUAUAUGUGCCACGAGUUUGAUUCGGUUGUUAUUGARGGAGUUAUGAAUAGUAAUGAGGGGCAGAAAUGGAGAACCAAAGUCCUUGAAAUGUUCCAUAACAUGAGAGCAAACAGAAUAAUGCUAUCUCAAGAUACUUCACAGACUUUGAAGGAUUGGUUUGAAAGUCAACAUGAGGAAAAGUGGGUUGUCAAUUGGUCAACAGUUCAUUCAAGUGGAGUUUGUCAGUCCUGUAUGUACAYKUUAGAGUCUGGUUCAUUAUCAAAAUCAGAGCAUGAAGUUCUAAAACAACACUUUGUAAACUACCUGUGGCAAAACCACAAAGGAARAAAGGUGAAGUCUUACACAUCGAUUGGUAUUUUUGAAGAUCAAUACUGCCCUGAGAUUGRCCACAAAUUGCCGUUCAGCUUAGAGAAAUAUAUCCACGAGACUGGUCCAUAUGAUAUAGUAUUAGAUGCUCUCAAUGUGGCUCACYGUGGAAACAGAAGAGAAUUUCGUUCUAAACAGGUUGAGGAAACAGCCAGGCACUUUCUUAAUGAAGGAAAGAGAGUUCUAGUUGUUGGUACGCCACCAAUUCCGUUACCAAAAACUAGGCAAAGUUCAUCUGAAGAAGGAAACACUAAUUCAAUCUUCAAAAACUGUGGAUUUUUCUUACUUAGCGGCAGAGUACAAGAUGACAUCUUUAUACUGCUCGCUGCUAUUCACUGUGGGCUCAAUACUCUUUUAGUCUCCAAUGAUUUAUUUCAAGACCACAUGAACAAGCUGCCAUUAAGUGCACAAACAUUGUUGGGCAGAUGGUUGCGAUCCAAUCAGAUUCUUUUAACAAUUCGCAAAGGAGAUACAUUUGGUUUUAAGAGACACCCAUGUCMUGAUCCUAUUGUYCAGAUGACGGCCAAUACUUGGCAUCUACCACUGGAUGAUAAUGUCAACUGGCUUUGUGUYAAUAAACAAAAUUAAWUGGAAUAAGCUUAAWAAAAUCGGUGUUGCACCUUGUCCUGUGUCACCAUGGUAAUUUGGGUAAAACAUUAUGACGAUUAUCAUUUUAAAAUAUAAAYAAAAAUAAAAAAAUAAUAAACUUUUCACAYGGUAGCAAUAUGUCAUUUAUUUCAUUAAAACUUCAAAAAUAUUUACUAAAGGAGAACUGUCUAGUGCGUACAGUAACUGAGUAUCAGGCUCUUGAGGGGGAAAUAUAGAAGGAGAAGAAAAGGGAGAGCUCUUCCUUUUUCCCUUCCUUGCCGCCCCAGGCCUCCUUGAAGGCCUGAUACUCAGGUUAAGGCUGGAGUGAACUGUUAAAUUGUUGUAAUUCAAAACAGCACAAAAUUUGCAUCAGUUCUGCAACUGAAACAGGGCAUCCUUUGAAAGACCACUGUUCUUAAUUAACAAGAUUUACUGUCAAAUAGCAUAACAUACAAACAAAUAGUUCCUAUUUCACAUGUUCACUAUGUUCCCUGGUCAUUUCUAGUGUUUUUAUUCAUAACAGUUGAUAACAAUUUGUUUCAUAUUCGAGCGCAAAUGUAAUGUCACAAACUCCUGAUGGAAAUUAGAAAUAAUUGAAAUUUAGGUAAAAAUUUCUAUUUAAUUAUCAAAGCAAAAUGAACUAUUUUAAUAAACAGGAAAAUAAUUCUGAAUCAAUUUGUUAGAUGUUAGAUUUGUUUWAAAAAAACUUAACAAUUUCAUGUGUUAUAAUCACGUACAUUAUACUAGAGAAAAGCUAAUGCAAUAGAUCUAGAAAAAUAUAAACUACAAACUACACUWCUCUGGGUACACCAGAUGAUAGAAUUCACCCUUUCAUAGUUUAUUUUGAGGAUGUAAUGCCAAAAGAGUAAUCUAGCUGAGGUGUUAUUUAAAUAUUGUUCUGUAUCACCUUUGUACACUUAUUAAAUGAUCUAAUAAACUACAGUUCUCUGGA